ACUGGCCGCCGAGCCCGGCAAAUCUGCCCUGCAGUGAGGGGCGGGACUGCCUGGAGCCGAGGUGCCACCGGCUACACUUCAGAGCGCCCUGAGGAAGCCACCCGUCAGAGCAGUUGUGCUGCGGGGCCAGGAGGGGGCGGCGGCGGCGGGCCUGGCUUCUGUGCCAGCUCCGUGCGCUACUCCGAAGCAUAAAUCCCGCCGAGCCGGUGCGCGGCGGCACUCACGUGUGUAGACCCGGGCAGGUCCUCUGCUGCGCGGGCUCCUUUCCUGUGAGUAGCUCCGGGCGUGGCUGCUCCUCGGAAGCUGGGUUCCUGUGCGAUUUCUCUCCAGGGGCCUGCGUACCUCCCUCAGCUCCAGAGGGGAACGUAAGAAGUUUAACGGGGCGAGACUGAGCAGAUUAAGGGAGUAGAGCAGAGGCUGGGCCGAGAGGGUGGGAACCACCACCUCCUCGACAGUCUUCCGGGCAGAAAGGCUUUUCAGAAAGACCGGCGUGACAGAGGGGGCCCUGAAAUGUCUAGAGAGCCCGAGCAGUGAUGGUCACUGAAUGAGUGACACUGGUCAUAGCCAGUUUGUGGGCGAGAGAGAUGCUAGCACUUAGGAAGGCAGGGAGGAAACUCAGGAUGGGGACCAUCUGCUCCCCCAACCUCAGCGGGACAAAGACAGCAUUGGAGGUCUGCAAUGCCGACUGGAUGGCCUCGCUCCCCCCUCACCUCCACAACGUCCCCCUUUCCAAUCUGGCAAUCCCAGGCUCCCAUGAUUCAUUCAGCUACUGGGUAGAUGAAAAAUCCCCAGUGGGGCCUGACCAGACCCCAGCUAUCAAACGCCUGGCCAAAAUCUCCUUGGUGAAGAAGCUCAUGAAGAAAUGGUCUGUGACUCAGAACCUGACCUUUCGAGAGCAGCUGGAAGCUGGAAUCCGCUACUUCGACCUGCGUGUGUCUUCUAAACCAGGGGAUGCUGACCAGGAGAUUUACUUCAUCCAUGGGCUUUUUGGGAUCAAGGUCUGGGAUGGGCUGAUGGAAAUCGACUCAUUCCUCACACAGCACCCCCAAGAGAUCAUCUUCCUGGAUUUCAACCACUUCUACGCCAUGGAUGAGGCCCACCACAAAUGCUUGAUGCUCCAGAUCCAGGAGGCGUUUGGAAACAAGCUGUGCCCGGCCUGCAGUGUGGAAAGUCUGACCCUGCUGACCCUGUGGGAGAAGAAGUGCCAGGUUCUUAUUUUCUACCACUGUCCCUUCUACAAGCAAUAUUCCUUCCUGUGGCCCGGAAAGAAAAUUCCAGCACCCUGGGCAAAUACCACAAGUGUGCGUAAACUGAUCCUCUUCCUGGAGACCACCCUUGGUGAGCGAGCCCCACAAGGCUCCUUCCAUGUCUCCCAGGCCAUCCUCACCCCCAGAGUGAACACCAUUGCCAGGGGCCUGGUUGGCGGCCUCAAGAACACUCUGGUUCAUAGGAAUCUUCCUGCAAUCCUGGACUGGGUAAAAAUUCAGAAGCCUGGAGCUAUGGGUGUCAACAUCAUCACGUCUGACUUUGUGGACCUGGUGGACUUUGCCACAACUGUCAUUGAGUUGAAUGACCUUCUACAAGAGGACAAAACAUUGGCUAAAUGCUGAUUUAAUUUUUUGUUUAAUUUAAUGUUGAAGUUGUUGAUUCAGGGUAGAGUUCUGAAGGGUUUCCUGUUAGGAUGGCCCCUAGUCAGUGAUGGUAAAGUGAAUAGGAGGAUAAGGGCUUUUUAUUUUCCUUCCUCACAGAGCCAUUUGGAUAAAAUUACAGGGCUUUUAAUUGCAUUUUUCCCAAAUGAGACUUUAAAAAAACCCUUUUAAGUCCAAGGGAAGAAAGCAUGUUUUAUGUGAUCAAGGUCAAGAUCUCCUCAAUGGCUUAUGUUGGUGAACGGAAUAUGAAAAUAAGUUCUCCAAGUUCCACUGGAAUAUAGAGUUUCCUCUAAUUGGCCUAGUUCCCUACUUCUUCCAGGAUCUUGUGUUUGAGCCAUGGGAAUGCUAAACUAGAAAGGCAUUCCUGGUUGAAAGAAUGGCUUAUUGCAGCUGUGGACUGCCCUGCCUGGUACCUCUAACUUCAAAUGGGGGUUGAGAGGGAAAGGUCCAGCACCAGUUCUCUCUAGGACUACUGGAUGUCACCACCUCUUGCCUGAGAGAGUGAGGCCUAUUUAUCACCAAGGUAUUUCAUCCACAAGCUGUUCAUGCAUGGCUUGUGCAGGUAACUGAUCACCUUAAUUCUUCAGAUAAACAGUACCCACUGCCCUUGGUAUCAGAAUAUGUUUCUCACUUUUAAAAUAUGGAUUUAUUUCUAUUUCUUUUGGCCCCUUCUUAAAAGUGAAAAGAACAAUAAUGGCAAGUCUUUUCACUGUGGGGCCCAACAAAAGACACAUAUGUUGGUCGCAUGCCAGAUUUCUUUGAUUUAAUUCAGUAGUUUUUCCCAAAAUGACUGCCAGGUAAGCACCUGCAUCAUUUUGGCCAAGACCUCUUUGGAGUAGGGUCUUCCAGCCAGAUCUUGGAAUUGCAUUUCAUUGUUGCCUGCCUAGACCCAGUGGGACACAGUGCUAAAUAGCAGGCACCUUGUCCAUGACACCAUGGAGGCUGUCAUGGGACGUGUGGGAAAGUGCAAUGGCAUUAAAGGAGGAAGCUCCAAGUGGCUUUGGAGCCAUUCUGUAACUCCUUGAAAACAAGACUACCUCGGGACAUCAGGAUGACUUGUGUGUCAUCAAGUGAGAACUACGCAGUGUUGGAACAUUUCCAGUUCUUGUCAUGUUUGUUCUACCUUCUGCAGAUUGUUCUGAGCCUACUUAUCACUACUGCAUGAGAGUUUCAAAACUCAAGAGGGGGGUUCUUUUUUAUUGAUAAGAAGUACUUGUCUAUAAGGAGCCCUCUUCUAUUUUGGUUGAUUUAUGUAUAUAUUUAUUUAUUUAUAGAGUUAGUAUUUGCAGUGCUUCUUAACUCAGGAGCAUUCACAGAGAAGCUAAUUGACCUUUUCUUGCCCAGGACAGAUUCUGCCAUGGUCUUCCUCCCCUCAGCAGGACCACACAUCCCAGGCUGUGAGUGACCUCAGACUCUGCUCUAAAUGUCCCCUCCCAGUCCCAAGCCUGCUGAGAACACUAUGUUUGGAUGUAGUCCGCAUUCAAGGAGCCACUAUACCAAGCCACGCCCUGGGACAGAAGAUGAAAUGGGUCUUAAAGAACUCUUCAAUUCUUGCAGUAGACUCUCCAGAAUUCUGGAAAGAAGGGAGCUAGAAAUAAAACUGGACAUGGGGAUGUGGACAAUUUGAUGCCCCUCCACCCUAUCAGAGAAUCCCUGAGGAAGUGUCAGCUUCUGGGUUCUUAAGGAGGGAAUAAAAACCUGGAAUCCUGAAUGGAUAUGCACAUUUAUAAACAUUACUGGACCCUUCUCCCAGCAGUCGUUUAUUUCUAUCCUUUGAUUGUAUAGACAGUUUUGCAUUCUGUCUCCAAUGGGGAGUAUCUUAGGUGAGCUACUAAAGGCACAUGCAUGCCCCCCAACUAUUGAUCUUCCAACCUUUACUUCCUGUAAAUAACUGAAGCCCUGACUUUUUACUUCCAUGGCUCAAGGAAGUCACAACUCAAAUGCUCUGGGAAAAUCUGGCUUAACUUGCCUUGUUCUUGCAUUUGAAUUCUUCCCCAAAGAGGUUUCUGGAAUAGUAAUGUCAAAUUCUGUAAGGCCUCCGAAUAAUAAUGAGAAAGGGAGUGCCCUUACUUUUUGAAUUUUCCUUCACUUCUGAUAUUAACCUUAGUGACAAGCUCUGAAAUCCCUGGCCUACCCUCAGGGUUUUAUUUUUGUUCAUACUGUUUCAUUUAGGUUUUGUUUUUAAAUUCUUGGUCAAUUACCAGGGACCAGAUCAUGUCCCCUCUUUUAACCCUUUGGUACUUGGCAAAGAGAUAAGGAGGCAAGAGGAGAGUUAUACUGCUCUGUUUUAUUUGAGCCUCAGUUUUGUCCAGAUGCUUGGUGCUAUGAGGCCAGGUGUGUUGACAGGUAUCUGCACAGGAUACCAAUGACACCCAGUGGCUGCUGACUGUUCAGUGAAAUGUUUACGUGAUUUUCUUCCUUAGUUUUUAAAUACGCAGUUGCACUUCACUUGGAUUGUGACAUUUAAAUGCACCUCAGUGUCUGCAUCCUAAGAGAAAAGUCACUGAGAGUGACACCAAGGCCCAGAAUGCUUCCAGGGUUGCAUGUGUGAAGCCCUGCUCUGCGUGGUGAGUGCGGGCACCCACUUCCUCAUGCUGCUUUGGGUGAUCAGCAGUGCCUGGAUUUGAAGUCUGCGCAGAAGUCCUAGGAAGUAAGAGGAGGAUCGUUUAUGAUUUUCCCCUAAUUAAACACUUGAAUCUUUGCCCCAAGACAAAGGCUUCCCAUAUUGUAAAGAAUGUGUGCUUUCUGCUCUUUAACCAUGAGCCCAAGCAGGAGAACUGAGGCACAUGACACAGAGAGAAAAUAGACUUUAGGUUAAAGACUCAUUCUGCAACAGCCAACAGUAAGAAUGAUGACACAACCACAUCUCUUGUUCUCACAAGUUCUAGGGACUUUUCUGAUCAAAACAAUGCUGUCACACUUGCUCAGAAUUAACUUCAAGAUCAGUAAAAAGCCAUGUGUCUGAGCCAGUGAGGACUUCAGUGAGUUUCACAGAAUCUGAGGUUAUAUUUAUUCUGAAAUUCAACUGAGUUUUUGUGAGCUCCAUGGACUACUACAACAUGGCCACAUCUCCAUGAUUUUGUGGCGGAGGGACUAUAACAGGUGUCAAGUAAGUUAAAGAGGUGUUUCAAAGUUUGGAUUCUGAUCCUAUUAGAGGUGCCAUGUAGUGUCAUGAGUUGAGAUCUUAUUUGGACUGGAAGGAGAGGUCAAGGCGGAUCUGAUGGAAAGUAAUGAUAAAUUACUAAGGAUUAUAGUAUUUUAUAAUAAUGGCACAUCUAAGAGGACAAUUCAAAAAAAAUGUAUUUGCUGCAUUAAAUUCAAGAGUAAUUGUUCAGGUUUUUUUUCCCUAGUGUUAAGUGGAGACCCCUGAAUUUUGAGAAGACACACUUCAAACCCAGGAUUUUAUAUAAAUCCAAAGAAAAGCACAAGAUCUGAGCCUAGGUAAUGAUGAAUCUUACAAAUCUUUGUUCUUCUUUCAGGCCUUCAUAUUCACAUAAAUAUGUUUCUCACUAAGACAAUACAAUAUAGCAUUCUGAAAUUAAAUGAAGCUUUCUGAUGUGUCAGCAUUUCCAUCUCUAGUUUUUUUAAUCUUACCAAUAUAAAGUGCUCCCAAAGAGACAAGAUUCUAACCUAGCAGGAAUGCAUAGGAUAAAGCUAACAGUGGAAACAGAAGAAAUUCAGGCUGAAAUGGAAUGAUUUCUUUUUCCUGGGAAGCAAAAGGGCUAUACAAAACUAGGCCAUUAUAGACUGAGUUCAUGCUACGGUUGAGGCUUUGUAAUGUUAGUCUGUGUGGACUAGUGAAUGGCGCAUGGCCAUGAGACUCCCCUCCCCUUAGCUGAGCAAGUGAUCCUGUGCUGUCAUCCUUAGUUCUUUCCUCUUUAAUAAAGAUACUGUUUGCUACUUAAGUGCUGAGUGCUUUGCACAUCUCAGUUGGCUAGGUCCCCAAUAGGUCCCUAAUGUUUAGAUUAAAUAUUUUGUAUUCAAUGGAUAUACAGUUGUAAUUCUUCCUUCUAGACAUAUAUGUGGAGAAUACUGUUUGGGCUCAUCUCCCAACAGUGUGGUGUAAGUUCACAGAACUUGACUAGGUAUGGUACCUUAUCUGGUCUGUACAUUGAAAUAUGCAGGGCUCAAAGAAAUCUACCAACAUGUAUAUGGGUUCCUAAGGUGCACACUUUCCCAAUGCAUCCUAAAUAGCCUUGUGGCAAGAGAAAACAAAUAUAAAUUGAUAGCAUUAAAUACACAAAUGGGUAAGAAAUGUAUGAUAUGGUAUAGAAGAACAUGGGUGUCCCUCUAAAUUCCACUGACCUAGUACAUCUUGGCCCUCUGCCUCAGGCUGGUCCCUCAUAUUUGCCACCAUAGCUUUGUGGCUAACGAAUGUUUCCUCAGGACAUACAGGAGUGAUUGGAUGAAAUGACAGGUGGUUUGCCAGGAAACUUUACCCUUAUUCCCAGAUAAUUUUGAAUAGCUCUUUACCGCCCCAAGAGUACCACUAGCUCCUUAGCCUUAGACUCCCCAACCUUCCUACUAGAAAUAGUGACCUAGAAAUAUACACUAGAAAAUGUUAUUGAUUUUCCUUAAAAUAGCACAGUCUUAUAAACUGUGAAAGCAUUCUAAUGCUAUCCUACUUCAAGGAUAUAGUAUUUAAGCAUCUUUAUAGUAUUUUAGCAUCUUCUCCAACAAAACUUGUUCGUAGAACUUUUCAAAUUCAUAUCUAAGAAAAAUAAUUUAGAAAAAAUAUUUCCCUUCUCUCUUCUGGGAGUCAGUCCCACAGCCUAUUGAGGAACCCCAUUAAUGGUCUAGAGGCAUUUUCUCUGUCAUUCCUUCCCAUCUUCUCAUAGUAUACCACUUUCUUCUGUCUUCUAGCCAUCCUCCAUUACCUGCUAAGUACUCUUAAGCACAGGAUACUGGCAGAAGACACAUACACUCAGUGAUAUCCUACACCCUCUGUCAUAGUGGUUGUUGCUCCUUAGUCUUCUCAAAUGCAUUAUUCUGCUUCUCACCCCCACCCUGUCAUUAAAACUAUACUUGAUUGGAACCCAGAACUUGGGACCAAUACUUAGAUCAAAAAAGCACAGGCUCACUCACAACUUUCAGCCCAAUAAGAAGCACAGCACUUUGAACGGUCAAAUAUAGGCCUUCAGUAGCUCUCUGUACAUUUGCAAUUUUACAUUUGUUAUUAGUUCAUAGCACUAAUAACACUUGAGUUAAGAAUCUAUAGUAUCAAUAUGAUAAAUUUAGAACAUAUUCAGAAAUAAUAUUGCCUUGCUGCUAUUAUACUAAUUUACACCACAAUAUUAAUAAAUAUUUAAUACAGAUUGUGUAUGCAAUAUUUGUAUUGUGUAUAUGCCAACUGUAACACUUAACUUCACUGCUCAACAAUUUAAAAAUACAGAAAUUGUCAUAGUGAAAAUAAGUCUUGGUCAAAUCAGAUAAUUUAUGUAUCUGAUAAAUACUCUAACAAGUAUUACAUUUUGUCUUCUAUUACUCAUUUACACUAGAGUGCAUGUUUGCUAAGUUAAAAUAAUAAAUUAUAUCAAUUUAAGGAUAGGAUAAAAAUUUUGCAUAUGUGCUGCUUAAUACUCUUAAAAUGUAUUUUGUGGCUUAAUUAUCCACACACAUUUCAUUUGACUUUUUUCCCUUUAGGAUAUAAUUAUUCAAAUAUAUCUCUUCUUUCUUGAAACCUUGAUUAAACUGCUUAAUUCAGCCUAGAACAUUGUAAAGCCGAAUACCUCAUUUUAACUGUGAAAAAAUGUUAAUGUGUACCAUGACAUGAUGUGUUUUCUUGUAUUUGAUUUGAACUACUUAAAUGUGCUUCAAUCUAAUAAUAAAUAUAAAACUUU